AUGUUUCUUGAAGCUCAAUCAUCAAAAGCUGAAAUUGAUAAUUUACGUAUUAAUUCAAAUGUUAUCGAACAACUAUUAUGUAUUCUGCCAACAGAGCCUCAAACACUUGAAUUGAUAAAAAUUAUCAAUCAAAUGCAAUCAUAUACGGAAAAACCUCUAACGAAUGGCGAUAGGUUACCAGCAAAAAAUAAUCGAAAAGCUUUUGAUAGUAAAACAGAAAUAGUAUCUUUGAAUUAUUCCGAUAAAAAACAUCAUCACCAUCAUCAUCAUCAUCAUCGUCAUCAUGGACAUAGUUCUCACCGUCAUCGACAUAGUCCGCAUCAUCACCGACAUGGUUCUCAUCACCAUCAUCAUCAUCGUCAUCAUCCUUCUCAUCAUCAUCAUCGUCGUUAUUCAUAUUCUCCAUGUUCCGAAGGUUCAGAGUAUUUUAGCGAAAUUCAUCGAGAUUAUCAUCAUGAUCAUCAUUAUCAAUCAGUUAAAUUACCACGAAUUAUUACACCACAACCACUAAAAAUUAUAACACCUACACCACAAAAAUUUAAUACAUCAAUCUAUCGUGAUAUUGGUAUUAAUACAGGAAACGAAACAAAAAUUAUGCGAGAUUCAAGUGUAACAGUGGAUUUCGUUGAUGUACCAAAUCUUGCUGAUAAACGUCUUGAACAAAUUCCUAUUGUUCGUCGUACAAUUAUUGUUGAACCUUAUCCAGCACAACCAACAUCACAAAUUAUUGUUAAACCACGUUCGGAUAUGAUUGGAAAAAUUCGUUUAGGAAAAAAUACUCAACUUAAUGGCGAUGAUGAAACAAUUGUUUAUCCAUCAACAGCGUUUAUGACAAAGAAAUUAAAAAAAAAGAAAAUAAAUAUUGUUAAUAAUAAUAUUAUUGAAAAUUUACAUUUAGAUGAUAUUAGCGAUAAUGAUGAUGAUGAUGAUGAUAAGAAGAAAAAAAGUAGCAAAACAAAAAAACCUAAAAUAAUAAUAACAGGACAAAGAAUAAGAAAUGCUUUUUAUAAUUAA